UCUCACAACUGAAAGCGAUCGCAUGCCAGGAGGCGGUUUUUAUCAACUGGACGCGUAACAUUAAUGAACACGCGUUGAAUUAGCCGACUGACCGCAUUCGUAACACACCGCUGGUUGAGACAGUGACAGCGUGCUGCACACCACUGCACAGGCCGGCGGUAUGCGCGCGCGUGGUGCAUUGCUUGCGCUGGUCGGGCAUUUGCUGGCGGAGGCGCUGUUACGCGCGCCGGUUCAGGCUCCCCAGCCGCUCGCGUCGCGAGAGCCGCCACUCGUCGACGAGCCACCAUUCGUCGACGGUGUCGAGGCGUGGCUUCGCACACGCGGCAUCGACUACAACGCGGCGGCGCGCGGCCGCCGCGAGACCACGCUCGUCCUCGGCGAUAAUAACUUGCGCCUCCGGCUCCUGCCGACGCCACGUUCGCCCGAGGACUGCCUCGACCCCGGCUCGUCGGCCCGCCUCACGGACGCCGCCGAGGCCGAGGGCUCCUCGAUAAUUCAUCUCCACGAGGACACGUGGCGACAAAGAGGAGACAUCGUGCGCGACCGGCUGCUGAAUCGCGUCCAAGCGACGCAGCGCGUCUACGCGCGGAAGACGACGGCGCGCUCGAUCGCCGCCGAGGAGGCGAUAGCCUUCCUCGACGCACACCAUCUGUGGGGCCCGACGAACGCCAAGUACGCCUACGGUCUCUUCCUCCAGGACGAUUUAAUAGCUGUGGCGACGUUUACGAAGCGGAAGCUCGUGAAGCGCGGCCGUGGGUCAAAGAGGCGGACGCACGAGCUCCUGCGGUUCUGCGCGCGGCGGGACAUGCGGGUGGUCGGCGGCAUCACAAAAUUGCUGUCGGCCUUCAAGAAGGACCGGGACGUCGACGACAUCGUGACGAACAUUGACCGGGACUGGGGCGGCGGCGCGGGCUGGCGGGCCAUCGGGUUCGAGACCGUGGAAAUCAUGCCGCCGCUGCCGAUGGCCAUCGACGCGAACGAGGGCCGGCGUCGCUUCCUCUGCGGCCGCUCUGUUGGGAUUCAUCGGCCAGGUCUACCGGACGACCUCGUGGCUGAACUCGCCGCGUCGGCCGACGGAGCGACAGAGCGGGUCGCGGCGCGAGGUUUGAACUUAAUUCACGACUCCGGCGUCGAGCGGCUGUUGCUCAAGGUCUCCGAGAGCCAGGAGAGCUGUGAGGACCUCUGGACAACCCAGCGCCCGCGGAAGAACGGCUACUACGGCCCUACGGCGCUCCCGGGCAUUGCGGCGCUCCUCGAUGAUGCGAGACGCUUCCCGCCCGGCGACGACGAGAGCCACGACGUAGCUGCGUGGUUCAGAGCCGCAGGCUCGCACAGCGACGCGCGCGUGCUCGCGUCGCAGGCUAGUGACUUUGGUAAUAGCACAGUCGAGCUUCGAGAGAGGAAUGGCGGAUGGCGCACGCUCGGGCUAAACUGCGACGACGGGCGGAAUAUCUACCACGGCAUAUACAACGCCGACGACCCGACGCUCCUCCUCGCGGAGCACCUGCGGACGGCGGCGGCCCUCUUCGUCGCGGCGCUACCGAUUGAUCGCCCGCUUCGUUUUCUGCAUUUGGGCCACGGCGCUGGGGUGCUGCAGCGCUACCUCCAGGCGGUCCUGCCGGGCUCCGACCACGUGUCCGUUGACCUCGACGGCGCCGUCCUGGACGUUUCCGCGUUCGAGGCGCCGCACGCGGGCCGCGCCGUUCGAGGAGACGCGUUAGAUUACGUGCUACGCUCCGAAGAGACCUACGACGCGAUUUUCGUGGACAUCUUCGACGAACAAAACGUCUGCCCGGCGGCGUUCUCGGGGGCGAUCUUCCUGGACGCUGCCGCGUCUAGGCUGGCGGAUGACGGCGUGCUGAUCCACAACCUCCAUAUCGGUGGCAAGAAGCGCGACGCCGCGGUCGCGCGAGCCGAGGACGCUCUGGCGAGGCACUUCCACGCGGCUUAUCGCGCCGACUCGGUCGACUCAUCGCCCACGGGCGGCAACGCGCUCCUCGUGGGCGCGAAGCGGGCGCUCGGACGCGCGCGGAUCCACGAGAACGCGACGCGCGCGGGCUUAAAAUUUGACGCGGGGACGCGGGUUCGGCGACUGGUGCGGUUGUGCUGCAACGACGAUGUUUGUACGUGA